AUGGAUGACGAGUUAAAUGGAAGGUCUUGGCGUCCGACCUCAAAGCACUGCCUUACUGCCUCACCAGCUAAAGUCGUGACAUUGGCCAGCUCAUCUCGCACCUAUCGUCAGCUCAUCCCGGUUUUCCUCCCCCUCACACACGUACCAAACCCCCCAUCUCCAACAUCUACUUCUCCGUCAUCUCAGCCUACAGGUGGUAGCAGAACCCCACUAUCCCGACCCAAUCACCGCACAUCUACAGUCCUUACUAGCAACAAUAUGAAUCCGGCCGGCGAGAAGGGUGGGGGCCCAGCUGCAGCCACUAGCGGGGGUCCCGAUCAAUGGUUGGAACAAGCAAAAAAAUGUAAAUAUCUGACGGAAGGGGAUAUGAAAAAGUUAUGUGAGCUUGUCAAGGAGUGCUUGAUGGAGGAGUCGAACAUUCAGCCCGUAUCAACACCCGUCACGGUAUGCGGUGAUAUCCAUGGCCAGUUUUAUGAUCUCAUGGAGCUAUUCAAUGUGGGUGGAGGCUUGCCGGACAAGGUCAACUACGUUUUUCUGGGUGAUUUCGUUGAUCGAGGAUAUCCCGAUCGGAUAACUCUUGUACGCGGAAACCACGAAUCUCGUCAGAUUACCCAAGUUUACGGUUUCUACGAGGAAUGCCAAACGAAAUACGGUAACGCUAGUGUAUGGAAAUCAUGUUGUCAAGUUUUUGAUUUCUUGGCGCUUGCAGCAAUCAUAGACGGCAGUGUACUGUGUGUACAUGGGGGGCUCAGCCCUGAGAUCAGGACAUUGGACCAGAUAAGAGUUGUUGCAAGGGCGCAGGAAAUUCCACACGAAGGAGCAUUUUGUGAUUUGGUUUGGAGUGAUCCAGAAGAUGUAGAAACAUGGGCUGUAUCGCCUCGAGGGGCCGGGUGGCUAUUUGGUGAUAAAGUAGCAACAGAGUUCAACCAUGUAAACGGUUUAUCACUAAUAGCGCGCGCUCAUCAGCUGGUAAAUGAAGGAUACAAAUAUCACUUUAAAAAUAAAGAUGUAGUAACUGUUUGGUCGGCACCAAACUAUUGUUACCGCUGCGGAAAUGUGGCAAGUAUCAUGAAACUCGAGAAAGACCUCUCACCGAGUUUCACCAUAUUUCAAGCAGUGCCGGAUGAUCAAAGGAUAAUCCCAGCUGGGAGGGGGGGCGAAGCGAAUAUUUCCUGUAAACCUUCAAGUUAUACUUUUUUUUAA